AUGACGCCCGCGAGCGGCUGUCUGGUGAUCAUGUGCGGCGUGCCGUGCAGCGGCAAGUCCACCGCCGCCGCCGAGCUCGCGUCCGCUCUCCGGGAGAAGGGGAUCAGGGUGACGGUGGUGGACGAGCCGUCGCUGCACCUGCAUCGCAACGCGGGGUACGCCAACGGCCACGUCGAAAAGAACACCCGCGGACUCCUCAAGGCCACCGUGGACCGGUCCCUCCACAGAGACGGUCCGGUGGUCAUCGUGGAUGCGUGCAACGGCAUCAAGGGGUAUCGAUACGAGCUCUGGUGCAUCGCGAGGCAGGUUGGCGCCAGGUCGUGCGUCGUGCACUGCGAUACCCCGGAAGAAGACGCACGCGCCUGGAACGAAGCGCGCAGGGGGUCGGGCGGCUCGAGCGACGACGACCGCGCCGCGGCUUCGACCCCAACGUCCGCCGCCGAGUGGGGCGGGUGGGACGCGAAGAUCUUCGACGACUUGGCGUUCAGGUUCGAGCGCCCCGACGGAAAGAACCGAUGGGACGCGCCCCUGUUCACCCUCCGCCCG